CAAAACCCCCGAAAACCUAAAACCUUUUCCCGCAACCGCUCGCCUUUCAAAGCCAUAGAAGAGAAACUGAGAACGCUUCCGUCAUAGUUUCUCUCUGGUUUUGGUCCCAUGACUUCGACGUAUCUUCUGUAUGAAUCUGCUUCUGGUUAUGCUCUGUUUCACGCCCAUGGCCUCGACGAAAUUGGGCAGAACACUGAAGCCGUUCGGAGCUCUGUCUCCGACCUCAACCGCUUCGGCAAGGUCGUGAAGCUUGCUGCUUUCCAUCCCUUCGAGUCGGCUCUCGAUGCACUCAAGCAGUGCAACUCGGUGUCGGAAGGGCUCAUGACUGAUGAGUUGAGGAGUUUCCUGGAAAUUAAUCUUCCAAAAGUUAAGGAGGGUAAAAAGGCCAAGUUCGUUUUGGGACUAGCUGAACCCAAGAUUGGGUCAAACAUCUUUGAAGAGACUAAAAUCCCAUGUCAGAGUAAUGAGUUUGUUCUGGAGCUGCUUCGGGGUGUGCGGCUACACUUUGACAAAUUUAUCAAGGAUCUGAAGUCAGGAGAUUUGGAGAAAGCCCAACUUGGUCUAGGGCACAGUUACAGUCGAGCCAAGGUCAAGUUCAAUGUUAACCGUGUUGAUAACAUGGUCAUUCAAGCAAUCUUCCUCCUUGACACUCUCGACAAGGACAUUAAUUCCUUCUCCAUGAGAGUCAGAGAGUGGUACUCAUGGCACUUCCCUGAGCUGGUGAAGAUUGUCAGUGACAAUUAUCUUUAUGCCAAAGUUGCUAAAUUUAUUGAGGACAAAUCAAAGCUGGCAGAAGACAAAAUCCCUGGCUUAACUGACAUAAUUGGUGACGAGGAUAAAGCAAAGGAGAUUGUUGAAGCAGCCAAAGCCUCCAUGGGCCAGGAUUUGUCUCCUAUUGACUUGAUUAAUGUCCAGCAAUUCGCACAGAGGGUAAUGGAUCUAUCUGAAUACAGGAAAAAACUUUUUGAUUAUCUAGUGGCUAAAAUGAAUGAUAUUGCACCCAAUUUGGCCUCUUUGAUUGGUGAAGUUGUUGGGGCCCGUCUAAUUUCCCAUGCUGGUAGUCUAACAAAUUUGGCCAAGUGCCCUUCUUCCACCCUUCAGAUACUUGGGGCAGAGAAAGCACUCUUCAGGGCUUUGAAAACAAAAGGAAACACGCCUAAAUAUGGUCUCAUCUUUCAUUCAUCUUUCAUUGGGCGAGCAUCUGCACGCAAUAAAGGCCGUAUGGCUCGUUACCUUGCGAACAAGUGCUCUAUUGCAUCACGUAUUGAUUGCUUUGCAGAGACGAGUACCACAACCUUUGGUGAGAAACUUCGUGAGCAAGUUGAAGAGCGCCUUGACUUUUAUGACAAGGGAAUAGCACCUCGUAAAAACAUUGAUGUUAUGAAAGCUGCAAUUGAAAGUGCCGAUAGCAAAGCAACUGACAUGGACAUAGAAGAGCCAAAUGACGCUUCGGGGAAAAAGAGCAAGAAAAAGAAAUCAAAAGCUAAUGCAAACGGUGAACUUGAGGACAGGCCAAGUGCUACUGCAAAUGGUGACACCGACGAUGUGAAAUCAGAAAAGAAGAAAAAGAAGGAGAAGCGAAAGUUGGAACGGGAACUAGAGGAGCAGCAGCAGCAGCAGCAGCACACAAAUGGAGUAAAUGGCGAGGAAGAAUCGGGCAAGAAGAAGAAGAAAAAGAAGAGCAAGGAUGAAAAUAAGGAGGAUCACGUAGCUGCAGAAGAUGGUAAGAAGAAAAAGAAGAAGAAGUCGAAAACUGAAGAUGCCGAAUAGCUUUUCAAACCCACAGUGACAUGGAGGCGGACAGUUGAUUUAUAGGUAGACAUGCUUUUGUUGCUAUUACAUAUUCUAGCUGUAGAAAUGUCCCUUGUGGCUCUUUUUGGUCUCCAAUCAGUAAACUUAUGCCCUUUUUGUCUUAAUAUCUGAAUUGACUUCCAGUGGAUGAAAUGUAUUCUACUCUAAUUUUGUUGGAGUUGUUUUCUUUAAGAAUUUAAGAUUCUGGUAGAUGAA